AUGACACUCCGAGAUAGUUUCAUAUCAACGUCCAGUUCUAACACAUAUCCAUCCACCAUGUCUACUUCAUCUUCAUCUGCACUGGGACUCACUGACUCUCCCCUACGACCUAGACUUCGUUCAAUGAUCUCUUCCGCUCCAUCAUCUCCCAGAUCUGAUGUAAAGGUGAGAUCGAAGCCUUCGUCACAACAACUUCGACAGUCCUCUUCCAAAAAUUCCCUGUACCAGGAAGCGACAGUGAACGCUGCUCGCAAAGUCACCCAGCACAACUCUAGAGAUCAAGUACAAACCAUCCACACUAAACCAUCCAAAACCAACUUGGGUGGUUCUGAAGCCGGAUCAAGACCUUCUUCAAGAGCUGGAACCAAUGCAUCACUGUCCAGACCAACUACAGUGCCCGCCAGAGCGAUCUCUUCGAACCCAAUGACACCCACUAAGACAACAUCGAGUAGUCGUGUUACCCAACAGGAUCAGCCUCCAAGAGCACAAAUCACUCAACCUUCACACGAGUUCGCCCCUCAUCGUCCCCCUUCCAGCCGAAGAGUACCGGUUCCAAAACAACUUGUUUCUCCGGCUAGAACGGAGGUUACGUUAGCAGAGGAGUGGGAAGCAGAAAUGGUCAGAGAUACUCGCCAGCUUGAUAUCCGCGCAUUUGAUACACCUGCAGGUGGGAAAGGUAUAUCGGCUGAAGAAAAACAGGAACAAAGACAGAAAGAUAUGGAAUGGGAAAGAGCCGGAAUAUGGGAGACUGGAAGAGAUCCUGCAAGGGAGGCUGAAGAUAGAGUCAGAAGAGAUAUAGGAAGAUAUGUUGCUUUCCCCCCUACUUUGCCAAGAGUACCAGUACGUGCUGCUCCGACUGGGGUUACCUCUGUCCAUAUAGGAGUUAGGCCAAGGCUGCAUCCACUCCGCGCAUCCGAUUCGAUGUUGAGAAAUCAACCUGAUGACACUCUUCCAAUUCCACUCUUCUCACCCUCUUCUGAUAACGCAGACUUAUCAGAAGAAUCACAUUGGGGAAAUCACAACACCCGUUACGACCCCGCAUUGGCUGAGAAAGCUCGGAAAGAAUAUGAAGAUUGGAAAGCAAAAAAGGCAGAACGAGAGGGUGGUAUAGCAGAUUCUGAUACUUUUGGAACAAGAGACUGGAUUCCAAGAGCAAGAGAAGUCGCUAGACCAGGCGCUGUAGAAGGGAUCGCACAUUCAGAAGAAUACGAAAAUCAUCACCAUACAAUCCCCAGAUUACCUCAUCCGACGCUGUCACAGCCAAAUCGAGCUAGACAGACAAGAACUUCUGAGAAUCAGCCUUUGAAGGUUAAAGAUGUCAGUGAGGCAAAGAAAAAUGGACAAGUGCUUGAAACACAAUCCCAGCAUCAUGGACAAGAGCGUAUGCCAGAAUAUAUGUCUCAAGCGCAAUGUUGGGGAUAUCCUGAUCCUUAUGGAAUGGCCUACCAUGAUAAUGGAACGGGAACGGGACAGGUGCAUGGUAUAGAAGGAUAUUAUCCAGAACAAGGAUAUUGGGAUCCGUCUUAUUGGUGGGGCAUGGGACUGAUUGCAGAUGAUCCACGAGUAGUUCCAGACUACCAUGGCAGAGCAGCUCAACACGUUGAUGCAAUUCCAACACUACCCAAUCAAUCCAAUGCAGAAGACUCUACACCCCUCAUACCUGUGGAGAGGUAUGAUGAGCCGUAA